UCUUGAAAGGAAGCAGCGUAUCAGCGUCGGCCUUACUAAACGAGGAAGCAGCUGUUUAGUAUUGGGAUUUGAAAAGAUGUCGUUGACGCGGGGCAUCGGUAAAGACGAGUACAUGAAGAAAAGAAUACCCAGAAAUACAAAGUAUGACCACAUCAAAACGAAGCUGGACACAGGAUGCAGCAGAACGAAGUACAUGGAAAGGCUGGAGGAGAUUAGAAAAAACUACAGGUAUCGAAAAGGGGAAAUCUUCAAACGCUUAAAGGUGACAACUUUUGCACAGUUGAUCCUUCAAGUCGCUUCUUUUUCAGACGGGAGUUAUUGCGAGGUAGAUGACGAACGCACUAACACCCCACAAGAUGGUCUGUCAAUCAUCUCGGAGGCAGGCCUGGAAGGUGAAUGUGAACGUGUCAGUGGCUCAUCACUCCAGCUGCCUCUGUCAGACCGACUUUAUGCAGGAGAUGGCAUGGAUAACUGCCAAACGGCCAGGUCAACACUCCUCAGUGUUAUUAAUGGAGUGGGAGAGCUGAACAUGGAAGAGGAGCCUCAGCAGAAAGCAGAGUCUGUUUCCAGCCCCAUACCCACAGAGACGCCCUACCCAGACUGCCCCUACCUGCUGCUGGACGUGCGUGAGCGCGAUCAGUAUGACUCCUGCCACAUCAUUAGCGCUCACAGUUUCCCCAUGGCCAUGCUGUCCAGAACCAUGAAUCCGUACACCAAAGAAGUGCUGGAAUAUAAAAACGCUUUGGGAAAGAUCAUCAUUGUUUAUGACGAAGAUGAAAGGAUAGCCAGCGUGGCAGCCACCACCAUGUGUGAGCGGGGAUUUGAGAAUCUCUUCAUGCUCUGUGGGGGUCUUAGAGUAAUCGCCCAGAAGUUUCCAAGCGGGAUGACGACAGGCUGCAUCCCAGCAUCAUGCCUCUCCUCUCCUAACUCAUCGAAGGGGAGGAAAUGCUCUGUGGUCCAACAGUCAGCUCAAGCUGCCGAGAAACGUUGGAGGUUUACAUCGGAUGAGCUGGACAAGAUCCAGGAGCAGCUGGAUGAGAUAACCGUCCCCAGUAACUCACAGAGUCGCCUGUCCAGCCGCACAUCAUCCAGCAGCAGCCGGUCCAUAGCUUCCAGUCGUCACAGCUCCUCCACAGCGGGGAGAAAUGGCUCCAGGGCCCAGAGCAGUAGACCCUGGAAAUAACACCUCUGCCAAACAACAACCAUACCUCCAUCAGAAAACAUCCUCAGAAUGUUUUGAUGUAACCACUUCGUGGGUGGACAUUGGCUACAGACAUUUCACUACUUUUUGCGGUUGCCUAAUUUCAUCAACACUUUGGAAACACAUUUACUUCGGAUGAAUCAGGUUCAGCUGAUCAAAUCCUGUUUUCAUGCAGAAAUGUUCUUUGCUGUGACCUUUGAUGUGAUUUUGCUGUUUAAAUUGCUUCUCUGUAUUCUAAGUUUUGCAGAGUGCCUGAUCUGUUUUACUUUUAAAAAAUCCAUGCUUGCACUCAGAUUUUAGUUUAAGUGACUCGUUCAGAUUUGCUUUUUCUAAAAUCCUUUUACUGAGGGGACCGAAGGCAAUGCUGUGAAUUUCUUUAUCAUAUCAGAUGUUUAAUUAAAGCCUGGCUUGCCAGCUGUGUAAAAUGUUUGUUUUUAGUGGCUUUUUUAACCAAACUAAUUAUUUACCAUCGGUCUUGAUGAUCAGCAGUUUGAAAUGUUUUUGUGGUUGGAAGUUUUGCAGAGUGCCUGAUCUGUUUUACUUUAAAAAAAAAAAAAAAAAAAAA